CAGAGAAGAAAUGGCGUCGUGGCGAGGUGACAGUGCGGCUGACUUCGUGGAAUUUGUGAAGCGUGGCUCUGAGUUUGUGUUCGGAGAAGUGUACCGGUAUUCACCCGCAGUGAGGUCACUUCGCGACGCGGUAAACCCCAUGGAAGUGUACCGUGAAGAAGAGUUCGCCUUCAGGUUCCGCUUCACCAAGGCGUCCGUGUUGGCCAUCAUGUCCGACUUGCAGUUGAAAGACAACACGGACCAAAGGGGAGCGCCGUUUACACCGCUGCUGAAGCUUCUCAUAACGCUUCGUUUUUACGGCACUGGUGCCAUUCAGACCGUCGUGGGCGACCUGGUGCAUGUUUCCCAGCAGUUUGUGUCCCGUUGUGUGUGGGAAAUUACGCAAGCCAUAUGCGUACGCCUGUUUCCGAAAUAUGUGCGGCUCCCCACGGCAGCUGAAGCGCAGGGUGUGAUGGCCCGAUUCUACGAAAUUGGCCGGUUUCCCGGUGUCACCGGGUGUAUUGACUGUACGCACAUCCCCAUCGUCAGUCCUGGGGGUGAGAACGCCGAGGUGUUCCGCAACCGCAAGGGAUUCUUCUCAAUUAACGUGCAGAGCUGCAGUUUUUCGACCUUGUAGCAAGUUGGCCUGGAUCCGUGCAUGACAGCAGAAUAUUCGCCAACAGCAGAGUCAUGGCGCUGUACGAGCAAAGAGCUGUGCCUGGCGUUUUCCUUGGUGACCAGGGAUACGCUUGUCUACCGUUCCUCAUGACACCGCUGAGGGAUCCGCGCACUGAUCCCGAAAAGCGGUACAACUCCAGUCAUAUACGAACGAGAAACAGCGUGGAACGCGCAUUUGGCGUAUGGAAGAGGUGCUUCGCUUGCCUGAGGGUAAAGCUGCUGACAAAGACUGACCGGUCUGCAGCCAUUAUUACUGCUUGUGCAGCACUGCACAACCUUGCCCGUAUGUUGCGAGACCCUUGUCCACGUCCUGAUGAGGAACACCUCGACGCGAGUCUGCCAGACAGUACUACCCAAGGGGAUCCAGACACGCUUCUGGGCACACACGUACGCAGCUGCUACAUCCGUCGGUGCUUUUCCUCUGGGCACAGGAGCGAUGAAGUGGACUUGAUUUAAACAUGCAGCUACUCAGUGUCUAUUGUGAGCAGUGUAUGUUAGGUGGUUCGAAAAGCUAUGUUCCACAUACCAUUGAGAGUGUUUGCUAGCUGCUGGACAAAUGUGUUCAAGUCACCCGCAGACUACCAGUUGAGGCUGGCUGACCUUGCAGUGAGUAAAACGCUGUCUGCAGUGAGCAAAACAUUGCUAUUUGUAAACAUGACAUGUUGUAGUUGAAAAACGACA